GGCGAGAGCGGCAAGAGCACGUUCAUCAAGCAGAUGCGGAUCAUCCACGGCGCCGGCUACUCGGAGGACGACAAGCGCGGCUUCACCAAGCUGGUGUACCAGAACAUCUUCACCGCCAUGCAGGCCAUGAUCCGGGCCAUGGAGACCCUGAAGAUCCUGUACAAGUACGAGCAGAACAAGGCCAACGCGCUCCUGAUCCGGGAGGUGGACGUGGAGAAGGUGACGACGUUCGAGCACCGGUACGUCAGCGCCAUCAAGACCCUGUGGAACGACCCCGGCAUCCAGGAGUGCUACGACCGGCGCCGCGAGUACCAGCUCUCGGACUCCGCCAAGUACUACCUGACCGACGUGGACCGAAUCGCCACCACGGGCUACCUGCCCACCCAGCAGGAUGUGCUGCGGGUCCGUGUGCCCACCACAGGCAUCAUCGAGUACCCCUUUGACCUGGAAAACAUCAUCUUCAGGAUGGUGGACGUGGGUGGGCAGAGGUCAGAGCGGAGGAAAUGGAUCCACUGCUUCGAGAACGUGACUUCCAUCAUGUUCCUUGUGGCUCUCAGUGAGUACGACCAGGUCCUGGUGGAGUCGGACAAUGAGAACCGCAUGGAGGAGAGCAAGGCCCUCUUCCGGACCAUCAUCACCUACCCCUGGUUCCAGAACUCCUCCGUCAUCCUCUUCCUCAACAAGAAGGACUUGCUGGAGGACAAAAUCCUUUACUCCCACCUGGUGGACUACUUCCCAGAGUUUGACGGGCCCCAGCGGGACGCGCAGGCGGCCAGGGAGUUCAUCCUGAAGAUGUUCGUGGACCUGAACCCCGACAGCGACAAGAUCAUCUACUCCCACUUCACCUGUGCCACCGACACGGAGAACAUCCGCUUCGUCUUCGCGGCCGUCAAGGACACCAUCCUGCAGCUCAACCUGAAGGAGUACAACCUGGUGUGACGCGGCCGAGGCGCAGGACCCGCCCUGGGCGCGCCCCUGUCCGCGGCGCUGCGGGUCGCCGGGGGCCUCCCGCCACCACGGAGGCCGCGUCUUUCUUUCGUGUUCUCAGCCAGCGGCCCUUACUGCACACUCACCAGGGGAUGGACACCUUUCUUUCUGCACUUUGUUGCCUGCCCGCCUUUUGUCCCUGGCAAAGGCCGCUUUUUUCUGGCCUUGACUGUGGCUCGCUUUUUUCUACAAAAAAAAAAAAGGAAAAAAAAGAAAAGGAAA